UCAAUUUCUCACAUUAACUUCAUCAAUCAAUUUCUAUCUAUUUGGUGCCCUAUCGAUUAUUUUCAACGCCACUUUAAUCUAUGUACUUCUUAAACGCUCAUUGACACCUAUUGGCACAUACAAAUACUUGAUGAUCGCCUCAUCUCUAUUGGAUGUUUUGUUCAGCUUCACAACUAUUUUCGCCCAUCCGGUACGUUUGCAAGGGCGUGGAUCGAUUCCACGUGUGUGUUACAGGGCGCUUCCGACCACUACGCCUCAAGCGCCCUGUAUAUACAUAUAUACAUAUAUAUAUAUAUAUGCACGUAUUUAUAUACAUAUAUGUUUAAUUUUUAAGACAGUCUUCGCUUUGAGACAGUUGGACUCAGUACUGAUCAUUGGAGACGGUUUCAUUCUACCGCGACAAUUCACUGUGAUCGCCGUCAUUUUAUCUCUGCUCCUACUUUACCAAUCAAUCUUGAUCCCUCCAUGUUUAUUUAUCUUUCGAUAUCUACAAAUAUGCAGGUAA